AUGAAGCCUCGGGCAACCAAUCCACAGGCUGUGGUGGCACCUAUUGUCACAACUACCAUGAUGCCAGCUGAUACUGGAGAUAACUCAACAGAGGCUGGAGGCCUUGGAGAAGGGAAAAAUGAUGUUUUUGAGAAGCUGAAAGAGAAAUUUAUGAAUGAACUGCAGAAAAUUCCAUUGCCUCCUUGGGCUUUGAUCGCCAUAGCUAUUGUCAGUGGCCUGCUUCUUCUCACCUGCUGCCUCUGUAUCUGCAAGAAAUGCUGCUGUAAAAAGAAGAAAAACAAGAAGGAAAAGGGCAAGGGGAAAAAGAAUGACAUUAAUAUGAAAGAUGUGAAAAACUCUGGUGGAAAUCAGGAUGAUGACGAUGCAGAAACUGGUUUAACUGAAGGUGAAGACAAAGAUGAGGAACCAAAAGAGGAAGAAAAACUCGGAAAAUUGCAAUUUUCACUGGACUAUGACUUCCAGAAUAACCAGCUAACUGUGGGAAUUCUUCAGGCAGCUGAACUUCCUGCAUUGGACAUGGGCGGCACAUCUGAUCCUUACGUUAAGGUCUUCCUGCUUCCAGACAAGAAGAAGAAAUAUGAGACGAAGGUUCAGAAAAAGACUCUCAACCCUGUCUUUAAUGAGUACUUUACAUUCAAGGUUCCUUAUCAAGAGCUGGGUGGAAAGACCCUGGUGAUGGCCGUUUAUGACUUUGACCGAUUUUCCAAACAUGACUGCAUUGGUCAAGUGUUGGUACUAAUGACAAAGGUGGACCUUGGUCAACAGCUUGAAGAAUGGAGAGACCUCGAGAGUGCUGAGAAGGAAGAGCCGGAGAAACUGGGAGACAUUUGCACCUCUUUGCGCUAUGUUCCAACGGCAGGGAAACUCACUGUCUGCAUCCUGGAAGCAAAGAACCUGAAGAAAAUGGACGUGGGAGGACUCUCAGAUCCUUACGUAAAGAUACAUCUGCUGCAGAAUGGAAAACGACUGAAGAAAAAGAAAACAACAGUUAAGAAAAACACACUGAACCCUUACUACAAUGAAUCAUUCAGCUUUGAAAUUCCAUUUGAACAAAUACAGAAAGUCCAGGUUUGUGUCACAGUCUUGGACUACGACAAGAUCGGCAAGAACGAUGCCAUUGGCAAGAUUUUUGUUGGCAGCAAUGCCACCGGAACGGAGCUUCGUCACUGGUCAGACAUGCUGGCAAAUCCCAGGCGGCCUAUUGCACAAUGGCACUCUCUAAAACCAGAGGAAGAGGUCGAUUUAGCUCUUGGCCUCAAGAAGUGA